UGUUUUCUCUUCCUCCAAACGAAGCAACGAUUCUCGUAAACGAAUGCGCCUCAGCAAAGAUAUGCGCUUCGACUCCUCCACUCUUGACCGAGACCCUAUGGUCCUACGACCAGUUCCUCCUUAGUAUCAACUAUACCAACUAUGGCCCUCGAACCCGGCCCUCGUCGUUCUCUCUCUCCAGAUAGCUCUGGCCCGAAUACGCCCACAGUAAGACAAUGGAGGAAUCAACUUGGCGCAGAGGAUACUCCAAUUAAAGACAAGCAUUACCGAAAAUAUGCGUCAGGUGUCGAGCGAGCCCUGUCGCUGUUUGAUACAGCUUUAGAAGAGUGGGCAGACUAUAUCUCAUUCCUAAGUAGACUACUUAAAGCGCUACAAGCACGCCAAGCGAGCACGACGAAUAUCCCAUCGAAAACGCUAGUCGCGAAGCGCCUUUCGCAGUGCCUGAAUCCUUCACUACCUUCCGGUGUACACCAAAAGGCAUUAGAAGUCUACAGUUAUGUGUUCUCGAUAAUAGGAAAGGAUGGGUUGUCAAGAGAUCUACCUCUGUACCUCCCCGGCUUAGCUCCGACAUUGUCGUUUGCGUCCCUCACUGCCAGGGCCCCGUUCCUUGAUCUCCUCGAACAACAUGUCCUUCACGUAGGUCCAAAGUCACUACGACCAGCUAUGAAGAGUAUUAUUUUGGCACUUUUACCUGGACUGGAAGAUGAAACUAGUGAGGAUUUUGACCGAACAUUAAAAAUCCUAGAAAGCUUCAAGGCUGCUAUCCGCCCUCCGAAUUGCCGAGACCUUACAACAACAGAUUCGUCAGGAGAUGAUUUUUUCUGGCAGUGCUUCUUUUUAGCUACAAUCACAAGCCAGAGUCGACGACCUGGUGCGCUUGCCUACCUUGUUCGUAAAUUACCCACUCUCGGACACCCCCUCGCCCAAGAAGCCCAGUCAAAAAAUGCCCAAGAAGAUGAGGCCGAGGAAUUGUCGUCAGAGCUUUCGAAUCUAGUGACUUCACCGGAGCCUGGCUUACUUCUCAGAUGUUUUGCUUCCGGAUUAGGAGAUGAGCAACUUCUUAUCCAGCGAGGGUUCCUAGACCUUUUAGUGACCCAUCUUCCUUUGCACUCCAAAGUGUUGCAGAAAAGGGUUAAGAGCGAUGAUCUGGAACUUCUACUCCGUGCUGCUGCUGGUGUUGUCACUAGAAGGGAGAUGAGUCUUAAUCGACGACUAUGGGCCUGGUUUUUAGGGCCCGAACCCCCAAAUCAAGAACAUGAGAGUGGCCUGGAGUCGCCUAGCUCACCAGUUGACCAUCAUGGUUUUUUUAAUUCUAAAACGACAUACUUCGAAGAGUACGGCUUACAUCCCCUGACUCGAGCAUUACUAUCAAUGAUCAAUUCCGCCGCAUCUAGCAGCAACCCGAUAGAAAGGGCCCGGCCUUAUCGAGUUUGUCUCUCCCUCAUGGAUAGGUGGGAGAUAGGCGGCCUGGUUGUGCCAGAAAUAUUUCUCCCGGUGAUAGAAAGCGUCAAAGAUUUUAAGUCGAAGGCGUCGAGUAAGGCCGAAUUCAAUGAAGUUUUGCGCAGCGCGAGUGUGUUCUUCGACGGCGUUGAAAGCGGACUCAUAUAUGGCGAAAUCAUUGGACUUAUGGCACAGGCCAUCGGUCCAGGGAACGCCACAAACGCUGAGCGUAAUGAAAAGCUAGCACUUGUUCAAUUCAUCGUGACAUACUUCAACGUUCGGGAAGAGGAAAUGAUUUCUCUCCAUGCUCCUCUGGCGGCUUUAUCCAUCUUAGCAAUGUUGGAGGAAAUGAAGGAACGCAAACAUCCAUCCAGAUCUAACAGCGAAAGUGAAGGCCCCAGCCUUUCAUCUCAAGCACUUGAUAUUGCACGAAAUAUGGUGGAGCUUAUCCCACAACGAGCCUUUCCAACUAGGUCAGAAAAGCGAAACUCGGUUGGUUCCAUAGAGGGACCCGUAGUAGCAUCUACGACAAACAGCGAAAUGCUCAAGAAGAUCAGAAAUUUUUAUGUAUCUGAUCAAGGUAAUCUUGAGGCUACGCCAAUGCCUUUUGCGCCGCGGACUGUUGGCGCUCUCCUAGCCCAAAAGGCUUGUAGCUUGACCUGUGAUAGUCUUGCUGCGCCCAACCAAGAAAUAUCAAUGGCUGUUAGAAGCCGACUCUUAGGACUACUUCUAUCUAAAAUCCCUUACGAGUAUACUAUAGAUACCGAAAGACUACUCUCUGCCAUGCAGGCACGACUCUCAACACCUAAUCUCCCCUUUGUCUCCUUCAAAUCUAUCCUCUUCCUCUCAACACAACUUUACACCAGUGAACGGCUACCAACCGCCUAUCUCUCAAACCUAGUUGAACCAUUGGUCCGCCAUGCAUGGGGCUUCCUAUCCCUAACAGAACCCAAGUACCACGUUGAGGCUGUCAGAUGUCUUUGGCAGCUGCAGACUGCCCUUACAACUUCAAAUCGCGAUAUUGAAGCUGUGAUAGCUGACCUUAUCCUAGAAAAUGGUACUACUGGCAUGUUUUCGAUACGGCCGGCCGACCCAGGUCGAAGUUUUACCAUUCUCUGGUCACAUACAUUGCAAGACAAUCCUUCACAUUCUGACCGGAGAGUUUCAAAAGCCCCUACGGCUGAGGUGAGGCCAACAACACGGUUGGCCGGAAUGGAUCAUUACGAUGUCAUGCUCACAAGGCCUCUUUUCUUGAUGCUUGAUUGUCUGUUAGAUGAACGAACCCAGCUAUUUAUGAUGGUAAAGAAUUGGCUGAAUACUAUGGUUGGCAUUGACAAGCUCUUCCUGAUAUUCGUCGCAAAGAUCUCCCAACUUCGAUUCCUGCGAAAGUUUCCCCAGACGGCCAAUGCAUUCACAUCGGGCCAGUUUGUUAAAUUUGAAGACGAGGAUGACGUUGAGCUCGCACUCUACUAUCUUCGUACUAUAUCCAACAUAUUCCGAUGGGCCCCUGAUGCAUUCUGGGGUGUCCUCGCAACAAGCGUCCUCGAAGAACCUAACCAGAGCAUAAUAGAAUUAACUGGUACCGAAAAUAGUCUGUCUUUACAAGAAUUCUUCGUUUGUGUCUGCAUGAGAUGUAUCGGCGGCAAUCAAUUCCCGGACACCAGCCAGAUGCCGCUUCGUGUAGCUCAGCUUCACCGCUGCGCCUUGACUUUUCUUCACCAGAUACUGCUCAACCCCUUUGCAGAAACCCUGUCGCGUCUCAAAAUAGAAGACGUUCUGAUUGAUCGACUUGCACAAUCUCUUGGGGGGCCUGAUCCCUAUAUUCAAGUACUUCUACUGGAUGUUAUUUUCGCUUCUCUCAAGCUCCGAGAUGCCACACCCGCAGAAUUACCGACCUCGCCAAUUGGGGAGAAGCGAUCUAUGAGCUAUCCAUCCGGUAGCAUGCGAUUGUCUCUAGCUCCCCCCGAACACCUACAUAUAGAGACGCCACCUCCGGCCGCGCUACUGGGUUGUAUCAAGGCAGGUCUUAGUGCGCCUAUCAGUCGGCCAGUACUAGACAGUUGGGUGGGCUUUCUUGCAGAGUGUUUGCCCUUGUAUUCAGAUUCUAUUUUCCAGGUUCUCAUACCUCUAGUAGAAACUCUUUGUGGACAAGUCUCUAGCACAUUUAGUAGCCUACAGACAACAUUCAAGCGGAACGGGAAUCCAUCUGAGAUGACCAGCGCUCCGGAAUCAACUCUAAUAUCGCUACUCAAUGCGCUUGAGCAAGUACUAGCCAAAGCUCAUGAUCAGUUGCUGGCCGCCGAGGCUAGGGCCCAGGUGGUGAAGAGUCCCGAUCAGCCCCAGGGAUUUUUUGGGAAUAUGGUGUCUGGAGUUUUCAAUUCAGAUGCCCCACAAUCUCGAAGUGCGACUGCUAAUGACCGACUAACCGUUUUACUUGCUUUCCAAGAUGCAGUCCGGAUGUGUUUUAAAAUCUGGUCAUGGGGGCAAGGAAGCGAGGCUGGCAAUAUCGACAUGAAUUCGGCCUCCUCAUUCAAUUAUACGUCGUUACGUAUGCGAAACCGGGCCAGGCGACUUCUAGAACAUGUAUUUGCAGCCGAAGCACUAGAAUGCCUAGAGACGGUUGUUGAUAUUUGGCGGUCUUCACUAAGUGAUCCUGAUACAACGAAACACUCAGAAGUAUUCAACCUACUCCCUGCUCUGGAUGGGUCUCGGCCGAGGCAUACUAUCCCCGCUAUAUUCAAUGCCAUAUAUAGUCGAACAAAUCCCAGCGCAUUGGAGACAUCUCGAAAAUCGACAUUGACUGUUGAAUUACAGGACACGGACCUGGUCAUUUUCUUGGUCGAUUAUACUAGGUCCCUUGAAGACGAUACGAUGGAUGAAAUUUGGCAAGACUGUAUGAUCUUCCUUAAGGAUUUGCUGGGCAAUCCGUUUCCACAUAGACAAACACUGCCCAGUUUACUGGAAUUCGCGGCAAUUUUGGGUGAAAAAGUGGACAAUACAAAUUUCGGAGAGCAGAGGAAGAUGCGAAGAGAACUUGGGGAUCUCUUCCUCCGAUUACUCACUGCUAUUUUCACUACUAGACCCGCAUCAUUUUCAGACGGAUUAUCGACCUCGAAUCUAAAUCAGUCAAAAGCUAGCGAGAGUCGUUUCCUCACACCUACGGAUAGAGCAGAUGAUCUCGUCGGCAUUCUAUCCAAUAUAGUCCCUAACUUACCGAAGAUUCUCGUAGAAUCAGAUCGUGUAUUAACAGCAGCAGGGGCUAUUUCCACGAACGUGAUUGGCCCGUCUAUCCGCUCGAAGACUUUUCCUGAUACUAUCUCUAAGAGCGCCUUAACUCUACUUCAGGAACUCACCAGGCUUCCUGGCAAUCAGAAAACUUGGAAGAAGGAUAUUGGAGAUGCUUUCAACGACUCAAGAUUCUUCAACUCUUCCGUUGAUCUUGUACGAAGUGAUUGGUUACCGUUAUUAAAACUUUGGACAAUUACGGACAAGGACCGAAUGACGGAGAUACUGAGUCGCUUAACGCCACCUACGACAGCCGGCAUAGUCUUUGGAGUGGGCGCCACCUCGGCAAGAUUGGAAGCAGACCGCAGAACACAGCUCAAUCUACGCCGCAUCGCAACCCUAGUUCUCGCUUGUGGCACGGACACUUUUGUCACGGACUUGCCGACUAUUCUCGAGCGUAUCGUCGAGCUUCUCGCAGCAACAUCCACUUCUUCGCCAUCUUCAACUACACGUGCCGACAUAUAUAUGGUAGUCCGUGCCCUUGUCCUCCGGACAUCCGCCAUCCACCUUGCGGCUUUAUGGCCAACUAUCAACGCCGAACUUCAUGCGGCCAUAUCCUCCGUUGCCGCUCCAGACAAUAGCACUUCAUCUGAUACCUUUAGUAAUAUGUCUGUACUCCAGGCUUGUAAACUUCUAGAUUUACUAAUCACCGCGGCUCCCGAUGACUUCCAACUCCACGAGUGGCUCUUCGUCACCGACACAAUUGACUCCAUCUACCGCUCCGCCAGCUAUCAGCCAGUCGCCCUUGUAGACGAAUUAUCGGAGGAAUUAGGUAACACCGGAACCACCAUGUCAGCACUACAAACAGAAUCGGCGGCAGCGAUGGCGGCGACAAAUAGCGGCUCAGGUCUACCUCUCCGCAGGCCAUUACUCGGCCACCCCGGUGGCAUCAACGAUGAGCUAUCCGUAGACCGCAAAGACGAGCUCGUCGCAAAGAUUCUAAGGCCGUUCUUUGCACAAUUAAGUAUCUACGCCUUCGAGUCCACAUAUGCCAUGGGCGUGAUGGACAUCGAGACGUGUGUCGAUGGCUUGUUGAAGGAUUUAUUUGAUGAGCGGACGAUUGUUAAGGCGUUGUAGUCUUAAGUGUAUUGAAUACGGGGCGAACGCCGGUCCAAAGGCUCGGGAUAGAAGAGGAUGGAUAUUGUAGUGGAAAAAGCGCAUGCGCGGGUACUAAGUUAGUACUGUACUAGGUAGUUUUGCGUUCGGGUUGGGGUUGGUGUUAGAUGAGCAUAGCGGAAUAACAUGAAUCACGAUUCUUCGAAA